CCCAGUGACCCGAAACCACUGCGACAUGAAAAGCUUGGCUACACCGGGGACUUGAGACGGGACGGGUGUAGUAGGGAGGCGGUGGUACGCAAAGCACUGUGGGACACUGGCAACGUGGGGUGGGACGGAAGCCUCCGAGGGUCAGAUCUUAGCGACGCGGGAAGUCCGGACACCAGAACUGUCUGAAGAGAAGGCCUGAGGCGGAGGAGGCUCGGGCUGCGGCGGCGGCCAUGGCGGAGAGGCCCGAGGACCUAAACCUGCCCAACGCCGUCAUUACCAGGAUCAUCAAGGAAGCGCUCCCGGACGGCGUCAACAUCUCCAAGGAGGCCCGGAGCGCCAUCUCCCGCGCCGCCAGCGUCUUCGUCCUGUACGCCACAUCCUGUGCGAACAACUUCGCGAUGAAGGGGAAGCGCAAGACUCUCAAUGCCAGCGAUGUGCUGUCAGCCAUGGAAGAGAUGGAGUUCCAGCGGUUCGUUGCACCGUUGAAGGAAGCCCUAGAAGUGUACAGGCGGGAGCAGAAAGGCAAGAAGGAAGCUUCGGAGCAAAAGAAGAAGGACAGAGAUAAAAAAACGGAUUCAGAGGAGCAGGACAAGAGCAGGGAGGAAGAGGAUGAAGACGAGGAAAGACUGGAUGAGGAAGAGCAGAAUGAUGAGGAGGAAGUAGACAACUGAGUGGAGAGAGUGGGCAGACUGUGGCACCACGGAAGUGACCACCCUGAGAUGUGUCCAUGUGGUACCUUUCCCUGCAAGGCACAGGUGCCUGAGAUCCAAGUUAAGACUGACCAGAAUGAUCAAAACCAGCUCUUGCCGUACUCAGAGCAUCUGAGUAACAGAAACCUGUUUUCCUGAAUCAGUCUGGAGUGUGUGACUUUUCAGUAUAAGGGAUUCUGAAUGACUGAAUAGUUUGAUAUCGUUUGUUUACUUAAGUAUGUGGCUAGCUAGUUUUUUUGGUUUUGUUUUGUUUUUUUUUUUUUUUAAUCCCCUUGCCCUGCCCCUCCAAAAAAGUAAUAACUUCCAGGUUGCCUGCUGUGUUCCAGGUCACAGAGGCACUAAAGGCUCAGGGGCAAAGUGGGGCUUUGGACAUGGUCACCCGUUUGAUUGCACAGUAUUGGCAAUGGGUACUAAUGGUCAGAAUGGUGGCCCUUUAGGAAAUGACUGAACUGUGGGAGAACUGAGGUAAUCUCUUCACUGGAUGGUAACAUUGGUUGGUUGGUUGGUUGGUUUGCUUUCUAGACUUGAUUAGCUUGUAGCCCUUCUUUAUUGACUGUAGAGUUCAGUCUGCUGGGGUGGCUGCACUCCUAUAGCAUACAGUCUUAAAUUCUCAGUGUCAAUUGGAAUCUGUCAAAAGGGGUGCCAAUUCUUAAAAACAGGUGGUUUAACUUAGCGGUAACUCAGUGUCUGCCACUGUAGGACUUAGUGCUACCUCCUGGAAGGUGUAAAAGCCCAGGUUUGCUCUUCAUUAGUCCAUCUCUCUGACCGGUGGCUGCUGCUUUUCACUCCCUGAACUCUUGACAAGUUGCAGACUUUAUUUCCUCCAGGCACAGUCUUUUCCCUCUCCAUCUGUCGUCUCCUGCCCUGCUUCCCAGCCCCACUUUCUCCUCCUCCGACUUAGUCCAUCCUCUAGUCUAGGAACUUGGAUACCCUAUGUAAUAUCCCAAAGUACAAGUUCCUCAGAUUCCUUAGUCCUAAUCUCCUGAAACACCGCUGAACCUUAAGGUGAAUGUAAUGGUGCGCAGGGAUCCAGCACCACAGCCACCGCCGCUGUGGCUUUGGAAGUGUCUGGCGGCCUUUCCUUUCUCCCCAUUGAGUGCUCCAAGCACUUUUCUUUCCCUCUUAGUCGAGCACUUGAGGCUGACAAGUAAUAAAAUAUAUAGUUGGACCUGUUAGCUAGCUGAGUGAUGCAGUGAAGAGUUUAUUGACAGCGACUGGAGACGGUUGAGAAGAUUUUAAUGCUUUAUACAAUAAAGAACAUUCUUGUUAAAAAUGA